AAAGCCAGGAACUCCAAAGGUCCGAGUUUGGGUUCGGAAGCCAACCCACACCACUCCACCACACCCUACUCGAGCGAAGCGAGCCAGCAAUGGUGCAUCGCAGCCGUGGGCCGUGACCGGCGUCGCCGGAGACUGGAACAACAAUGGCUGUCGUGGCGCGCGCCGGUCUUGCGAUGCCCCCAGCAGUUGUGCCGGCGGCGGCGGCCGCGGCCGCGGCGGAGGAGGAGAUGCGGUGGCGGCAGCUAGACAGCGGCGUGAGCGCGGUGUCGUUCGGGUUCGUGGCCACCGCCAUCCUCGUGUCCAUGUUCCUCGCCAUGGCCAUCCUCGAGCACUUCCUUCGCCCCCCGGCCCACACGCUCGGGCACGCGCCGCCCCGGGGGAUCCGCCGCCGACUCCGCUUCUUCCUCGGCCGCGGCGGUGAGCGUGGCGACGCCCCCGGCUCGGAUCUCGAGGCGGCGAGGAAGCUCCAAGGCCACGCGCCCCUCGAGAUACCUGUCUAUCCCAAAGGCGUCUCGGUUCUGAUGCCAGGGCAAGACAUGCCAACGUUCAUCGCGCAUCCCGCCCCUGCACCCUGUCCCCCGGAGAGGAUCCGAUGGCCAUCACACCAGCCCCCUCCUUUCGCUGGUUCCUCAUCGAACCCUAGCUAGGCCAGGGUUGCUGUUGUCAGCCAACCACCAAAAGUCUGUUAUCUGUAGAGGAGGAGGCCGGAGCAGCCGUGUGCCGAUGAUCCACCCACUCCGUCUCUCCGAGACAGGCUCUCCCCUCCUCUCUGUCUGUAUCUGUACUGUACAGGUUUAGGUCUUGUUCUGAAGCAAGUUCUACACUGCUGCCCUGCCCCCCCUGCUGCAUUGUGGCGGGCGAGCGGCGGCUGGUGGAUCCGUGGAGCUGAUCCCACUUGCUGCGUGUGUUAUUAGUAGUAGAUGCCUGAUGGAGCAUGAAAUGUACUGGAAAACUCGCUUGGCAAAUGUGGACCUACAGAUGUUUCAUUUCAGCAAGUCCUUUCUUCUGA